AUGUUGUUAACUUAUGAAGCUGCAACAUGGUGGCAAGGAGUUAAGACCACCAUAAACAAGUGGGACCACGCCCUCACAUCCCUAAGAAUUUCCGCCACCUUCUCGUCACGCCGCAAGUAUCGCCGCCGCCCGGGGUCAACGACCAGGCCACCACUACCGCCACAGAGCGCGCCCAAGCCGCAUGCGCCCGCCGCCGAGUUCAGAGCCCACGGCACCUACCCUGUUCUCCUCGCUGCUCCGUGGUGCCACACCCACCGUCGUCUCUACAACCCCACGGCUCUUCUACUCCGUUCGCGAACACCAGACGUCACUAUUGCUUCUAUUGCAAGAGCUAUGGACAUACACGUGAAAAAUGUCGUAGGU